AUGUUUUUUAGGGAAGGCAAUGAUCCUGAUGACGAUGGAUCAAUCACAUAUGGAAACUUGUUCAAAGAAGUGUGCAAGUUUGCAAAUGUCCUGAAAAAGUAUGGGGUAAAGAAGGGUGACAGAGUUGCCAUCUACAUGCCGAUGAUACUGCAACUUCAAGUCGCCAUGUUGUCUUGUGCUCGCAUUGGUGCUGUACAUUCCAUUGUCUUUGGGGGAUUUUCAUCGGAGUCGUUAGCAGAGAGGAUAAUGGAUUCUAGCUGCUGCCUCCUCAUCACUGCUGAUGGCGCAUACCGAGGACCAAAACUGCUGAAUCUGAAAGAGAUAGCUGACAAUGCUCUAAAGAUCUGCGCGGAUAGAAAUCAUGCUGUGAGCGCAAGCAUUGUCGUGAGGCAUGUCGGUCCAACCCCCGCAUCGAUGCAGAACAGUGAGCCGGCUAGCAACACCAUCACAUCACCACCCAAGCGCCCUUCCUCACAGUUUAAGUCGAACUGGGUGGAGGGCAGGGAUGUGUGGUGGCAUAACGAGAUGGAAGUUGCCAGUGAGGAGUGCGCAUGUGAAUGGUUGGAUGCUGAGGACCCACUCUUCAUGCUUUACACCAGUGGCUCGACAGGGAAGCCAAAGGGAGUGCUUCACACGAUUGGUGGCUACAUGCUCUACACGUACCUCACGUUUAAGUACGUGUUCGACUACAAGCCGGGUGAUGUCUACUGGUGCACCGCAGACAUCGGAUGGAUCACUGGCCACAGCUAUGUCGUCUAUGGCCCGAUGGCAGCUGGUGCUACAAGUGUCGUUUUUGAGGGUACGCCGUUCUAUCCAGAUGCCGGCCGAUUCUGGCAGAUAUGCGACAAGUACCUAGUGUCGAAGUUUUACACAGCACCGACGGCCAUACGGGCUCUGAUGAAGUUUGGUGAUGAAGAAGUGACUAAGUAUAGUCGUAGCUCCCUCAGCGUGCUGGGAACUGUUGGUGAACCAAUCAAUCCUGAAGCGUGGUUGUGGUACCAUACCAUCGUUGGGGGUGGGCACUGUGCCGUGGUUGACACUUUUUGGCAGACAGAGACUGGUGGACAUACUAUUACACCCCUUCCUGGAUGCACAGUGACUAAACCAGGCUCUGCUACGUUGCCAUUCUUUGGGGUCGUGCCAGCACUUAUGUCGGAGGAAGGAAAGGAGCUCGAGGGCGAGGCUGAGGGCUACCUGGUGUUUAAGCAGCCAUGGCCUGGUAUCAUGCGCACAGUGUACGGUGACCACAGCCGAUUUGAAACGACCUACUUCAAGAAAUUUCCUGGUUACUACACAACAGGCGAUGGCGCUAAGCGUGACGCCGACGGCUAUUACUGGAUCACUGGUCGCAUUGAUGACAUGCUGAAUGUGUCCGGCCACCUGCUGAGCACGGCAGAAAUCGAGAGCGCCCUUGUUGAGCAUCCAUCCGUUGUGGAGGCGGCCGUAGUCACGCACCCACACCCGAUCAAGGGCGAGUGCACCUAUUGUUUUGUGACGCUGAUGAAUGGUUGCGAGUUCACGGAUUUGCUCUCCACUGACCUCAAGAACACCGUUCGAAAAAAGAUCGGACCGUUUGCCCAGCCUGAUUACAUCCAGAAUGCUCCUGGUUUGCCGAAGACUCGCUCAGGCAAGAUCAUGCGCCGUGUGCUGCGCAGCAUUGCACGCAACGACGACGAGUUUGGUGACACGUCGACGCUCGCGGAUCCUAGUGUUGUUGAUUUGCUGGUGAAGCUGAGACCCCCUAGUAGCAGGGAUCAAUAGAUGAGGUGAUGAUAGUGGGUGGUAGUCUGUGAUGUGUAGUGUUAUAAGAGCAGGGGAAGAAAGAGGGCUUCGAGAUCACAGCGAGGAGAGAGAGAGACAGAGAGAGAAAGAGAGAGAGAGAGAGAGAG